AAAAUCAUGAUAAUGUGAAGUGAAGAAUGGAUGAUCGAAUAUUUAUCUUUGUUUUCAUUACUUUUUGUGCUGCUAUAAUCUCAUCUGAGGGACACAAGCACUGUAAGUCUAAGGUCUGUCCGGAGGAUUCUCACUGCUGUAAUAGAGGAACAGAAUGCUGUAAGCAUUAUUCUACAUAUCGUACGUAUGAACAGUGGUGGUUUUGGGCGAUAAUAUUAGCUGGAUGCUUGAUGUUUGGAGCUGGGCUUUAUGGCAUCAUAACGUGUAAAAGAAUGUAUUAUUACAGGAAUAUUUAUAGAGAAAUCUAGAAUCCUUACAGCACACAAUCAGACAUCAUCAGCAAUAAUUAUUGAAGUCGAGAGGAAGUUUGAUAAAUCAUACACACGGUCGAAACAAUGGUCUUAUAUAAUCACGCCAAUAUUUUGUGAACACAGCUGUCAUCUAAGGAUUCUUAUAUAAAAUGUUAAAGCAUCGAAAGGCACAUUUUCUUUACUUGGGGAAAAAGUUGAACGCUUUUGCUAAAAAGAUGUAUAAGACCAAGACAUGCACAUUUAAGUAUUAUUUUAAAAGAAUUAAUUUCUCAUGGAUUUAGUCUGUUUUUCCUUCCAAAGUUAAAAGGUUUGGGUGCUUUAAACUAGCCACUGUUUUGAAUCGCUUUCAAAUUAGUAUGUAUGUUACUUUAAUAAUCAUAUCAGAUACACACGGCCUUUGUUCAUGUUGAAUGCAGUUGCUCUAAACUGACUUAUAAAAAGGGUCUUUCUUAUGUAUGCAUGUGACAGGAUACAUUGUACUCGCCUAUAUAAAUUAUGAUUGUUGUUAAAUAUACCAAAAAUGGAGCAUUUCUUAUGUCUGUAUAUUUUAUUUCUAUUUGAUUUGCAUUACCAAAUAAAGCUAGUACAGGCUUCAAAGUGCAGACCACAUAUUGUUUGUCCCGAUCAACAGUGCUGUCAUGGAGGAAAAAGAUGUUGUGAUUCCAAUCUGUACCACCUAUGGUGGUUCUGGUUUGGUGUCGUGGUGGCCCUGUUCCUGAUAUUGAUUUGUAUAAUAGCACUGCAAAGACGAAGACAAAACAGGAGGGAAUAUACACGUUUUGAUUUCCCCGCAUACGGAGGGGCCGUCGCACAACCUAGACGCCCUCUGUAUCAUCAAAAUGAUCCCCCGCCUCCUUAUUUAUCCACUAUGGCUUUAGAUCAGAAACCGCCGUCAUACCAGUAAACAGAACAUUGAUCUUAGACCAGCAGAUAAUUGUAUUCUUAUUUUCUCCGGUGCAUUUGAUCACUCAUAUUGUCUUAUUAUUUCGAUAAAUAAAUAAAAGAUAUAAACUCAAGUUUAUUUAAAACAAUUUAUAUUUGUAUAAAGUCUCGUGAUCCAAAUAGAUUUUUAGUUUUCCUUUUAAGGACCAUGAACUGUAAAUGCAGAUACUGUGUUAAAAUUAAUUUUAUCUCCUUUCUGAGUAAAUAAAGGAAUUCUGUCAUGUGUGCCUCCUUGGUA